AUGUCUCGCCUCCUGCUCUGCGCCGGCGUCCUGCUGUGGUCGGCGUCCGUCAUCGGCGUGUCAGUCUUCUCCGACCCCCCCCGGGCUCACAUGCUGCUCCGCUCUCGCCGGGCCAACUCCUUCCUGGAGGAGCUGAAGCCUCCCUCCAUGGAGCGCGAGUGUGUGGAGGAAAAGUGCGAUUUUGAAGAGGCCAGAGAGAUUUUCCAAACCAGGGAGGCCACGCUGGAGUUCUGGACAGUGUAUACAGACGGGAACCAGUGCCAGUCCCACAUGUGUGUUCACGGUUCCUGUGUGGACCUGUACCAGGCCUACGCCUGCCACUGCGAGCCCGGGUAUGAGGGCCGAUACUGCGAACAGCCCCAGACGGCCACGAACUGCUCGGUGGAUAACGGCGGCUGUGACCACGACUGCACGGAGAGCGAGGACGGCCCGACACGGAGGUGCCACUGUCUGAACGGGUACAAACUGGCAGACGACCACAGGAAAUGCAUUCCGAAAGGCUCCUCAUCUUGUGGCCAGCUACUGAUCGGCAGGUCGUCGUACACCAAGCCAAUGGACGGCCUGCUGCCCUGGAUGGUGGGAGGAGAAGUGGGCAAGAAGGGGGAGAGUCCCUGGCAGGCGCUGUUGCUGAACGCCAGGGGCCGGUUCCACUGCGGAGGCGUCCUCAUCGACGAGAGCUGGGUCCUCACUGCUGCUCACUGCCUCGACAACAACCUGCGGUUCAGAGUGCGACUGGGUGAUUACGAGCGUCUCAGAGACGAAGGCACCGAGGCGACCCUGAGAGUGGUCAAGGCCUUCAAACACCCGGACUACAACAAGCUGACGGUGGACAACGACAUCGCCCUGCUGCGGCUGGAGACGCCCGCUCCGCUGUCCGACUAUAUUGUCCCCGUCUGCCUGCCGGGGCGCAGCAUGGCGGAGCGGGUGCUCCACCUCAAUGGCACCAUGACCGUGGUGUCCGGCUGGGGCAGCGAGGACCUGAACACGGCCCAGUUCAGCUCGGCGCUCAACGUCAUCAAGGUCCCGCUGGUCAGCCACGGCGUCUGCAGCCGGCAGAUGCACCCCUUCAACAUCACCCACAACGUGGUCUGCGCCGGGAUCCUGGGCCAGAGGACGGACGCCUGCGAGGGGGACAGCGGUGGGCCCAUGGUCACCCUGUACAGGGACACUUGGUUCCUCGUGGGCCUGGUCUCCUGGGGCGACGGCUGUGGCAAAGCGGACAAGCUGGGCAUCUACACCAAGGUGUCGAACUACAACGACUGGAUCAACACAGUCCGGGAGCAGUGGGACAAAGAGCACCAUGCACCGGCAGUCUAAACCGUCUGUCUGUGUCUCAAUGCAGGUCCAAACCGUCUGUCUACGUCUCAAUGCAGACA